AUGGCCGUCGACGAAAUGGAGAUCGACUCCAAUCCUGCCUCCACGGGCCCUUUAGAGUCAGAAAAGGAACGCAAGCGCAAGCACAAGCACAAAGACGAAACCUCCUCUCCUUCAAAAAAGAAGCGCAAGCAUGAAAAAGCCGACGACGCCGAGAAGAAGAGCAAGAAGAAGGACAAGUCCUCCAAGAGCAAAGGCAAGAGCACACCUUCCGCUAUCACGCAACCAGCGCAACAAGAGUCCGCUUCAGUGAUUCCCGACUCCCCAUAUUCCCUCACCACCGCAACGCUAUACCUGCCACUCUCGCCCAUCUCCAUCUCGCCUACACAUGCGCUCGCUUCUCUCCUGGCAGAACACCUCUCUCCUCUCCUCCUCACAUACUACCCUCCUCUCCAGGGGAUUAUCCUCGCCUACUCCAAUGCGUCGAUCUCAAGCCACCCUCCAUCCGCAUCCUCGACAUCCUCCCCGGCAGACCUAAACCCACAACCACUAACUCUCGCCGCCACGGCCGGAGAGUACGGCGUCAUGUACGUCUACCUGACCGCAACAUUCCUCGUCUUCCGCCCGCAGCGCGGCCAGCUCCUCGAGGGCUGGGUCAACGUUCAAUCCGAGGGAUUCCUCGGCGCAGUCUUGCUGAACCUCUUCUCCGUGGGUAUCGAGCGCAAGCGCCUCCCACCGAAUUGGAAAUGGAUCCCACCAGGAGAGGAGGAUGAAAUGCAGGAUUCAUCAAAACCCACAUCCUCUGCACCUACCUCGUCAGACGAAGACGACGAAGAGAGUACCUCCUCACCAUUCGAUCCUGAAAAGGAACACUUUAAUCCAGUCUCCCUCGCCUCAGACGCAAAUCCUUUCUCAUAUGACUCGCUAGACACCACCGCUCCAACGACAGGCGAAGAAGGAGAAGGAGAGGGCGACGUCACCGCCCAGGACCAACAGGGCGCAUUCGACAUUUCUGACGAAUCCCUUGAAGGCCACUUCCAAUCCAUCUCGGGCCACCGCGUGCGCGGGACCGUGAAGUUCCGCGUCGUCGACAUCGACGUCAUCCCCGGUAGCGAGCGGGAUCGCGGAUUCUUGAGCGUAGAGGGGACGAUGCUCUCACCCGAGGAGGAAGCCAAGGUCCUCGAGGAUGAGAAAAACGGGAUCAUUGCCCCGCUGAGUGCGGCGCGGAAGACGACGAUGACGACGAUUCCUAUCUUGGCGAUGUCGGGGGGUCUGGCCGCUCCGGAGGACGAGAAUGAGGUUGUUGAUAUCGAGCUUGAUAGCCCGAGUAAGAAGCCGGUGAAGGGGAAGGGGAAGGGAAAGAAGCAGCGGUAG